AAUCCCCAUUCCUCCUCCUCAGCCUUCCCCUUCCUUCCUCCCUCAUUGAUCCCCCUUCCCCUGUCCUCUCGUCUCCCAAAUCGCCAGCGAGCCAUGCCGCCUCCUCCCCCCCUCACCUCGCCGCACCUGACCGGCUGACCCCACCUGGGACCCACCGCCUUCGCCUCGCCACCAAAUCCCCAAAUCCCCGAGGGAAGAGGAGGGGAUUCGUUGGCUGAUCGAUCGCCGAUCCGCCGCCGUCGGCCUCCCAAUCCGCCGCUGCCGCCAUGUUCAACAAGAUCAUCAAGCGGGGGAACCGCAAGAGCGCGCGCGGGGACAGCGCGGAGCCAGGGGCACGCCCCGCCGCGCCCUCGUCGUCCUCCGGGGGCGGCGGCGGCGGCGCGGGGGGAGCCGCACCCGUCACCGUUAACCACGCCUCCCGGGCCUCCGCCGCGACGCCGUCCUCGCCGACCUCGCCGCACGUGGCGCCGUCCGCGCUCGCGACCAACCCCGCGGCUGGGGCUGCAUCGCCGCCGCUCCUCGAGCCGCUCCCGCUCCUCCGCGAUGUCGCCGCCGCCGACCGCCCGGGGCUUCUCCUCCGCAAGCUCCGCCUCGUCGCCGCUAUCUUCGACCUCUCGGACUCGCUCAAGCACCCGCGGGAGAAGGAGGCCAAGCGCCAGGCGCUCCUCGAGCUCGUCGAUUACGUGCAGGCCCCUGCGCAGGCCGCGGGCGCCAACGCGCCCGCGCGCCUCCCCGACCACGUCCAGGAGGCGCUCGUCGCCGCCAUCUCCGCCAACAUCUUCCGCCCACUGCCGCCCGCACUGCACGAGUCCGCUGCAGCGAUCGACCCCGGUGCUACGCCGGAUGACGAGGAGGAGCCCUACCUCGAUCCCGCCUGGCCGCACCUCCAGCUCGUCUAUGAACUACUGCUCCGGUAUGUUGUGUCUCCCGACACCGACACCAAGGUUGCCAAGCGGUACGUGGACCAUGCCUUCGUGCUCCGCCUCCUCGACCUCUUUGACUCUGAGGAUCCCCGUGAGCGUGAGUACCUCAAGACUGUGCUCCACCGCAUCUAUGGCAAGUUCAUGGUACACCGCCCAUUCAUCCGCAAGGCCAUCAACAAUGUGUUCUACCGGUUCAUCUUUGAGACGCAGCGCCACAAUGGCAUAGGGGAGCUCCUUGAGAUCCUUGGAAGCAUCAUUAAUGGCUUUGCCUUGCCAAUGAAGGAGGAGCACAAGCUGUUCCUUGCCCGUGCUCUCAUCCCCCUGCACAAGCCCAAGUCUGUGGCGAUCUACCAUCAGCAGCUAUCCUAUUGUAUUGUUCAGUUCGUUGAGAAGGACUACAAAUUAGCAGAUACUGUGAUCAGGGGACUGCUCAAAUACUGGCCAGUCACAAAUUGCCAGAAGGAGGUGUUGUUUCUGGGAGAGCUAGAAGAAGUGCUUGAGGCGACACAGCCUGCAGAGUUCCAGCGUUGCAUGGUGCCACUGUUUAAGCAGAUUGGCCGGUGCCUUAACAGUUCUCAUUUCCAGGUUGCUGAGCGUGCAUUGUUCUUGUGGAACAAUGAUCACAUUGUAAGCUUGAUAGCCCAAAAUCGUGGUGCUAUAUUUCCAAUCAUAUUUGAAGCACUUGAGAGGAAUAUACAGAGCCACUGGAAUCUAGCCGUUCAUGGUCUCACUGCAAAUGUGCGCAAGAUGUUUUUGGAUAUGGACAGUGAGCUAUUUGAAGAGUGCCAACAGCAGUACAUGGAAAAACAAGCAAAAGCUAAAGAGAUCCGAGAGCAACGAGAAUCUGCAUGGAGACAAUUGGAAGCUGUGGCUGCCAAGGCUGCUGGAGAUGACAUGGUUUUGGUCAACUAGAUAACUGCUCACUUACCCCAUGAGCAUCCAUAUGCACCUGUUGAGAUGACAAGUUAUCAGUGCCAGUUGCUGUGCGCUCAUAUCAACAUUGAUGACUUGGGAUUUUUACAAGCUUCAAGGAAAAAAUGUCAGGCUGAGUUCAAACACAGUGGUGGUAGUGAAGGCCAAUUCUUGCAGUUUCUUUGCCUAGUGAGGUCCUGCCAUGAUUCUGAGUCCGUCCUUUGUUCAGCCCCUCCUUUUCUGUUCCAUUAAUUUAUGAAUAAUCAGACCCUUGUAUUAAUCCUUCAUUGUUUGCCCUAGUUCCGUACCCACAAUUGGGAUAAUUCAAGUAGAAAAAAUUACUGAGCUAGAUGUAAGUUUUUCUUUCUUUCUUUUUCCCUUUUUACCUGUUGUCUUUUUGGAGUUAUUCAGUUCAUGUUGUUGUAUGGAAGUUACAGCACACAUGGAGAUAAAAGCUCUUUUAACUUAGUGUG